AUGGCUACUUUACAUAUGCUACUGUUUUUAUCCUCCAGAUUAAGCAGUCGGCUACCCGCUGAGAAAAUGCAAAAUGCUCACACUUGCAACCAGUAUUAUUCCGCUUGGCACCUAUGGCGAUGGAUACCUGGUUGUUUGCUUUCUGGGAUUUAUAGGAGGAGCACUCAGAUUCUGGCUUCUAAGACUUUGUGUCAAGUUGUAAUGUUAUAUCGUCACUGGUGUGUUGGCCAACUCUGCCGUGAACGGGCCUCAAGUUUCCAAUAUUACAUGUUACUUCCUCGGCAAGCUUUUGUUAAAGCUAUCUCUUUCAAUUCAGUUUCUCUUGGCAAAUGCAGCCGUUAUCUUGUGUUGUGUUUUUGUCAGGGGAAUUUGGUUCCUAAAGCUUCAACAUUUCCUUCAGGCAUUAAGGCUCUUGCAGAUUAUGUUCAUAGCAAAGGGCUUAAGCUUGGAAUUUACUCUGAUGCAGGGACACAAACUUGUAGCAAGACAAUGCCUGGGUCCCUAGGACAUGAAGAACAAGAUGCAAAAAGCUUUGCCUUAUGGGGAGUUGAUUACUUGAAAUAUGACAACUGUGCAAAUACUGGCAUAAGCCCAAAGGAAAGGUACCGGAAGAUGAGCAAAGCAUUACUUGACUCAGGGAGGCCCAUAUUUUUCUCUUUAUGUGAAUGGGGACAAGAAGAUCCUGCAACUUGGGCACCAGGUAUAGGAAAUAGCUGGAGAACAACCGGCGAUAUUAAAGAUUCAUGGGAGAGCAUGACAUCCAUAGCAGAUCGAAAUGACAAGUGGGCUUCGUAUGCUCAACCUGGAGCUUGGAAUGAUCCCGACAUGCUUGAAGUAGGAAACGGUGGCAUGACAACGGAGGAAUAUCGCUGCCAUUUCAGCAUAUGGGCAUUGGCUAAAGCUCCGCUGUUGAUUGGUUGCGACAUUAGGUCUAUGGAUAAUGUGACAUUUGAAUUGCUAAGCAAUAAGGAGGUUAUUGUAGUCAAUCAAGCAGAUAAACUUGGAGUCCAGGGUAAAAAAGUGAAGAAAGAUGGAGAUCUUGAGGUAUGGGCUGGCCCUUUUGCUAACAAAAAGGUAGCUAUGGUCUUAUGGAACAGGGGAUCUUCCCUUGCAAACAUCACCGCUUAUUGGUCUGAUAUAGGCCUUAAGCCAUCAACUAUUGUUGAUGCUCAAGACUUGUGGGCACAUUCAACAGAGACAUCGGUUCAAGACCAGAUUUCUGCUGAAGUGGAUUCUCAUGCUUGUAAAAUGUAUACUCUGACACCACAUACAACAGUUCAGCAUUGAAAAAAGGGACAUUUCGAUGGAGAGUGGAUUGAUAGCAGCAGCAGGAAUGUAGCGACUGUGCAUGUGCUUAUGUCUUCCGUGAAUUUCCACAACAAAAAAGGAAUGGAAUGAAUAAUGAUGCAAUUUCAUGAAAAACUUAACAGAUUUUAUAUGAAUAUGAUAAUCAUUAAGCAUGAAUUUAGUUUAGACUUGCAAAUCAUGUAUUUAUAUUUGUUUUAUCUUAUGUCAAACGCAUAUAAAAUACGAAAAUUAUUGUAUCACUCAUACUUCAAACACAAAAUAUUU